AUGCCCCCAUUCAUAGGAAGAAGAACCCAGUUGCUUAAGGGCUUACCUGCAACAAGCACUGUUGAAGAAAACUCAGCAGCUGGUGUUUCAGUCUAUGACUUUAAUGUGACUGUUUCUUCAUUGGCUGCUGAAGGUGUUGCAAUUCUUCCUACCAUAGUAAAUUCAAAUCCACUCACAGAAGCUUUUGACAUUGAAUCAAAAGGAGGUCUUGAAUUCAGGGUUAUUACCACUGGAAACCCUGUCCUAGAUUAUGAAACAAUGCCAAAGAGCUUUGAUUUGCAGAUUUUUGUUGAAGAUGCAACUGGAAGAACUGACCUUAACAUAUUGACUAUUCAUGUAACAGAUAAAAAUGAGCAUCCUGUAUUUCGAGGAAAUUUGGCAAUUCAAACUGUGACCAUCUACGUGUUGGAAGGGACACCUCCAGAACGCAUUUACCAAGUUGAUGCAGCUGAUCCUGAAAAUGAAAAACUCCAAUAUUCACUGCUCCCUGCAACAUUGCCAUUCUCAAUCAGGAAAAGUGGAGACAUUUUUUCCACAAAAGAAUUUGAUUAUGAGAAAGAUCCACACUGUUACUUUUUAAAUGUAACAGUGACAGAUCCAGAAGGACUCAACUCAACCAAAACAGUGAAUAUAAAUAUAAUUAACAUCAACGAUGAAAGACCUUACUUUACCAUAAAACAAAGAAUCUACAGAAUUCCAGAGGAGCAAAGCCCAGGCACCAUUGUUGCCAAUGUAACAGCUAAAGAUCCUGAUGAUGAAGAUUCUCCCAGCAGACUUUUCUACAGUAUCCAGUCAUCUGACAGACAUUUUUCCAUAAACCCAGCAACUGGAGUGUUGCAGGUGACCGGGAGAGUUGACCGGGAUGCGCUUCCACUGCGGCUCCAUCCUAACAUCUCACUGAUAGUCCGGGUGGAGGAUGGCCCCAGCAGCGGCCAUGCCAGUGAAAUGGAGAUCACAAUCAUUAUUGAUGAUGUCAAUGACAACCCACCAGAAUGCAAUCCUUCUGCCUUCAGGAAAGAAGCAAAUGAAAAUACAACUCCUGGGACAUUUCUUGUUGAUCUUAGAAAUUACUGUAAAGAUAUUGAUGUUGAUCCAUCAAACAACCAAUUUAGUUUCACUGGAUUAUCUGGUUUUGGAAGCAAUAACUUUGCUCUGGAGUCCACUGUGUCUGGAAGACUUGUGGUCAAACCCCACCAGUUCCUGGACAUGUGCAAUGGUGGAUCUUUUUUUGCUUUGAAAAGAACCAUGGGCAACUAUAGAAAAAGGGAAACAACAAAAAAUAGGCAUUCUAUCAAUGGAACUAUUGAUUUAGAAAACCCAGCUAAUCAAGGUGUUGAAGUUUAUACACUGACUGUCAGGGUGCAAGAUAUUGCCCAUCCUACCUACUCAAAUAUCAUCUACAUUUACAUCAGGAUAAAGCCAGUGAAUGAAUUUUUUCCAGUCUUCCUUAAUUUAUCUUAUGUAUUUAGUGUUUCAGAAAUUACUAAAGUUGGAUCUAGCAUUGGAAGAGUGCAUGCCACAGACAAGGACUGGCCACCCAGUGUCAUCACUUACUCCAUUGUAGCUGCAACUGGCACCAGGGAUUACACAAAUAUCUUCUGGAUCAGCCCAACAAAAGGAGAUGUGAGGAUUUUAGCUAGAUUAGACUAUGAAACAAGUCAGAAACAUAUUUUCAUAGUACAGGCCUCAGACCAAGAGAAUUCUGCAACAGCAUCAGUAACCGUGAAUGUUUUGGAAGUAAAUGAUGAAGAACCAGUUUGUUCACCCAAUUUCUUCUCACUUCAAAUCCCAGUUGAUUUAGCUGUUGGGACCAAUAUUAAUGGCUUCAGGAUUGAAUGUCAAGAUCGUGAUUCUGAUCCCAGGUCUUUCCGUUACUUCAUUAACAAAGGCAAUGAAAAUAGACAUUUCAUCUUUUCACCAAGCGCUGGCUCCAACACAUCUCAUCUGAUUCUUGCAUCAAGGUUUGACUAUGAGAGUGGACUUGAUACAAACUGGAUUUACAGUCUGAACGUCCACAUAACAGAUGACAAUUUAGUAUCUGCCAGGGACAAAACUACACACUUAAUUAAAACUGGAACAGUGACUUUAAGCAUCAGAGUUAUCCCAAACCCAACUACUGCCACAACCACUACACCCGGCUUCACUGUUGUGACGAAAAGGGAGAACCUCUACUCUCCGUCGGCGUGGUACGUGCCAUUCGUCAUCACCCUCGGCGCUUUGCUGCUGCUCGGGCUGCUGGGCUGGCUGGGGCUCCGCAGCCGCUGUCCCCCGGCGCGGAAGGGCCGCCGCAGCCCGCGGAUAAAUGCUCCAGAAAAGAAGAAGCCUAAGAAAGACGUGGUUGUAACAAUGACAAAGCUAAACACCAUCUUUGAUGGAGAAGCCAGAGACCCAGUUACUGGCAGAAUGUACGAGUUCAGCACACGGUCGGGGGCCCGGAGGUGGAAGAAGAGCAAUGAGCCCCUUCAGCCAGUGCUGGCUAUGCAGGUAACUUCCAAUGCCACAGAGAAGAGUGGCCAAGGGGUGGAUACAGCAGAGGCACCAAGUGAAAAAGAGCCUUCAGAGAAGAGGAAAGAGCUGACUGCAGCAACAAAAGCAGCUGCCAAGCCCUCAGCAGGGCAAUCAGAAACACCAGGCCGAUCUGGGCUGAGAUUGCAAAAGAAGAAACAGGAGUCUGAGGAUAGGGAGUUAUCCUCACCAGCCCCUUAA